GCCACUUUAUUUGCACUACAAAGAACACCAAAAAGAAUAUAGCGCAGCUGUUAAUGAUUGAAGGACGUUCUAAUGGUAAGAAAUCUAGAUUCACAUUUUUAUGAUCAAACAUUACAUUUUGUCUGCUGUUGACAAAAUAAACGACAAUAUAAAAGAUUGUCAUGUACAUUAGUGCUAUGAACAUGCAAAGGAUAUUUAACUCUUCAACUUUUAGUCAACGAUUAUGAAAAAUUAGUUUUCCAAAAAAGGGUCUCACAAGUCAGUUGUUUAGGAACAUCUCGAAAUUCGAUUUUCUACAAGCUUAGGAUCUGAUAUUAAAUUCUGAUGUUGAAAAUAAACUCGCCUCUAUUAAAUUGCAGCUGUCAUCAAAACGAAGCAGGUUUAAUGACAUGAAAAUUGUGAUGAGGGCCUGAUAAUAAAUUAUUUAAAUUGCAAAUGUCUUAUGCUCGGGCAUCAACAGCGUGAGUACCGCUUUAACAGUACAAUGCCAUCGAUUUCCACACCCUUUGUAAGAGAACAAAACUCAGCUAUUCGGAUUCAUCUCUGAGGAUGAAGACUUCUUUGCCACCUGCGUUUAGCGUAGUAUUUUUUUUGGAAGGAGUGUCAAUCCUUUUAGGAAAUAUUUUUACUAUCUUCGUUUUCUGGAAACAUCGAGCGGAGUUGAAAAGAACUUCGUAUCUUCUUGCGAAUUUAGCUGUUGCUGAUCUGUUAGUGGCAAUCAGCAUUUUGAUCGUUUUGGGCCGCGAAGUGCAAAACCUGGCUGAAGGCCAUAAUAAUUUGAUAAAACGAUGGCAAUUUAUCUUUUUUAUGAUUUGGGACACGCUAUGUGAAACAGCCUCGCUGCUAAAUUUACUAGUGAUAUCACUGGAGCUUUUCAAGGUCAUGCAAUACGGGAACUCCCUCGUUAAUCCUAUAGUCUACAGCUUUCGAAUGCCAUUGUUCAAGUCAGAGAUCAAGGAGUGCUUUAUUAAAAUUUUUGGGGCAAGGAAAACUAUCAUCAGUGUAAAUCAACAGAUAGCUACGCGUCCUGAGCCAAGCAGAAAAAAAAUUAUUGAUUUAGGAUUUUACGAUACGAAACUAUAAUGACUU